CUUUAUUGCCCACAUCUUAUCCUCAUGAUUUUAUAUGGCUCCAAUUUGUGAUUUAAAAUUUUUUUAUAGCACUUUUUCUUACCGUUAACUCUUCUAAAACCUGAUAGAAUUCCCGAAUCCCCUAUCUGCUAAUUUCGACUAUGGAUACAAUUGCCUGUAAAACUGCUGAAGAGCUUGUGGGGAGACGGAAGGAUUUUUUGCAGGCGAAUUUGAUAAGUACACAUGAAGUAUAUUUUCAUUAAUUAACAGUCAUCUAAACACUGCAAUACAAACCAGGUAGUAUUGUUCACGCAGUUAGAAAUUUUUUUAGAGUAAGGUAGUCAGACGAAGAUUUUAAACUGAUAAAAGGGGAGUUUCUUCCUCCCCUGAUAAUUUGCAGACCUACAAUAUGAACAUGGUAAGGCAGCUAAGGUGCAAUGAUUUCAAACCCACAUUCCUCACUCCUUCAAUUCCCCAUGAAAACAAAAAACCCAUUUUAAAAUCCCUACUUCCAUUCUCCCCAGUUAGAACUGUUGGUUGCAGUGUUUCAGAAGGCCCAUUUCUCGCAACCCAAUUAGGAGCAUCCUUUGUUCCAAUCCAAGCGACAACAGAAAAAAACAGGCAAAACAAGAUCAAAACAUCAUCAUCAGCAACUAAGACUACCAGCACUGAAGUCAAAGACAUAGAAUCCCUUUUCUAUAAUAGCUCAAACGAAACAAGUUCAAAGAGGGGCGGCAAAAAUCAAUCAGGGGCAUCCAGUAUUUCUAGUGGUGUUAGGCUAGAACACAUCAGCAAGACCUUUAAGGGUGCCACUGUGUUGAAGGAUGUGUCCUGGGAAGUCAAAAGGGGCCAGAGAGUAGGCCUUGUGGGUGUCAAUGGGGCAGGGAAGACUACCCAGUUGAAAAUUAUUGCGGGUGAAGAGGAGCCCGACUCUGGAGAAAUUAUCAAGGCCAAGCACAAUAUGAAAAUCGCCUUUCUAACCCAAGAAUUUGAGGUGGUACCUACCAGGACUGUGAAGGAAGAGUUCAUGAAUGCAUUCAAGGAGGAGAUGGAGAUUUCGCAAAAGAUGGAGAGGGUGCAGACAGCUCUGGAGUCUGCUGUGGAUGACAUGGAUCUGAUGGGCAGGCUUCUGGACGAAUUGGAUUCACUGCAGAAGAAAGCAGAUGCAAUUCAGCUUUAUGAUGUUGAUGUCAAAAUCAAUAAGAUGAUGCCUGAACUUGGGUUUACCCAAGAGGACACUGAUAGGUUGGUGGCAUCUUUUAGUGGGGGGUGGCAGAUGAGGAUGUCCCUUGGGAAGAUUCUUCUUCAGGAACCUGAUUUAUUACUUCUGGAUGAACCUACAAAUCACCUCGACCUUGACACUAUAGAGUGGCUGGAAGGUUAUCUCAAGAAGCAAGAUGUGCCUAUGGUGAUUGUUUCUCAUGACAGAGCUUUUCUUGACCAACUUUGCACAAAAAUAGUAGAGACAGAUAUGGGUGUAUCAAGAUCAUAUGAAGGAAAUUACUCUGAGUACAUGAUUGCUAAAGCCACUUGGAUAGAGGCACAGCGUAUGGCAUGGGAGAAACAACAGAAGGAGAUUGACCAUACAAAGGAUAUGAUCAGUCGAUUGAGUGCUGGGGCUAAUUCAGGUCGUGCUUCCUCUGCAGAGAAGAAAUUGGAGAAGCUUCAGGAUGAACAGCAGAUUGAGAAGCCAUUUGAUCGCAAGUCAAUGAAGUUCAGGUUCCCAGAACGAGAACGAAGUGGAAAAACUGUGGUCAUGAUAAAAAAUUUGGGAUUUGAGUAUGAUGAUAAAGUCCUAUUUAAGAAAGCAAACCUAUUCAUUGAAAGAGGUGAAAAAAUUGCCAUCAUUGGUCCAAAUGGAUGUGGGAAGAGUACAUUAUUGAGGGUCAUCAUGGGUUACGAAGAGCCUACUCAUGGGCAAGUUGGUCUUGGGGAGCAUAAUGUUUUCCCAAAUUAUUUCGAGCAAAAUCAGGCAGAAGCUUUAGAUUUAGAGAAGACUGUUCUGGAGACAGUUGAAAUGGCUGCAGAAGAUUGGAAAAUUAAUGAUAUAAAAGGCUUAUUGGGUCGCUGCAAUUUCAAGGCAGACAUGUUAAAUAGAAAGGUUGCUUUUUUGAGUGGCGGUGAAAAGGCACGGUUGGCAUUUUGUAAAUUCAUGGUUACACCUUCAACACUUCUAGUACUGGAUGAGCCAACUAAUCAUCUUGACAUACCAACAAAGGAGAUGCUUGAGGAAGCGAUAAGAGAGUAUCGUGGAACAGUAAUUGCUGUGUCUCAUGAUCGAUACUUUCUAAAACAAAUAGUCAAUAGAGUUGUGGAGGUGAAGGAUGGAAUGCUCAAUGAUUAUGUUGGUGAUUAUAAUUAUUACUUGGAACAAAACCUUGAAGCAAGAGAGAGAGAGCUGGAGCGAGAAGAAGAACUUGAGAUGAAUGCUCCAAAAGUAAAAGCCAAAUCUAAGAUGUCCAAGGCAGAGAAAGCAGUGAUAAAGAAGCAAAAGCAAAUUGCUUUUCAGCAAAACAAAGCAAAAUCUAGCAAAUCGAAGAAUGCCAAGCGCUGGAAUUGAUCUGCUCAAAUUUAUUCUUUCAUCUUGAUAUAUCAAUUUAUACUAGAAGGAAGCAUAAUAUGCUCCUGAGUAGGGUCUUGUACAAGAAAGCUUGUUUUGUGGUUGUAAAGAAAUGUCUUAAAAAACAAAUGCAAAAUCCAUCAUGUUAUUGCACUGAUAUAUGUAAUGUCCAUAUCAGCUGUACAAAGUCCUUGGACAAUAAAAGGUUAGUGGACGAAAUAUAUAAGAAACUAUACACAUCUCAUGAAUUCUUGGUUAUAUUCUGACCAGCCUUUAUCGAAUCUGUCUGAAAGUGUUGGGCCAUGCAAUCACAAACAAUUAUCUGUAAAUGAAUCAAGAAUAUUUGUUUGGCACUAUUUAAGCAGAAUUAUGUCGGCCUCUAUAGGAUGACUAUAAAGGUUCUUACGAGAAUAUCAUUUGAAUGUAUUUGAGUAAUUGUUUUUGAUUAAAAAAGUAGCGUUAACUAGGGCACUGACCCUUUACAUAGUUAGAGACUAUCAAAAACACUUUUACAGCUACAAAAACCUUACAAUUCAACAACCCAGACCCAACUCAAGGAGGGGUAGGGACACCCGAGCCAGGAGGGGUAUUGGGGGGCGAAGAAAAUUUCCCCUAUCGCCUGUGACAAACAACAGUCCAGGCAAUACUGUCAUUGGGACCGUCAAGAGAAGAUUUGAAUGUAUUUGAGUAAUUGUUGCUUGUGAAUCUUUUGUUUGGUUUCAA